AUGGUCGAUCAGGCUGAACAACAACCACAAUUUCAUGUGAAUACACAGUCAGUGUCAAUUCAACCUUUACCCGAAUUUUCACCAGACGCGGAAAUUGGUUCAAGUUUGGCUGCCAAAUGGAAACUUUGGAUAGAAGAUUUCGAAAUGUUUAUAUUGGCUAGUGGCAUAACCGAUCCGAAGCGAAAACGUGCUUUACUCCUUUACCAAGCAGGACAACGCGUUCGAGAAAUAUUUCGCCAGCAGCAAGAUACAGGAACUGAGUCAGACUAUGAUACGGCAAAAACAAAACUGCAAGAAUACUUCGAGCCUGAGCAAAAUCGGCGCUAUGCGGUAUAUCAAUUCCGCCAGGCGAAACAAGAACCACAAGAAACUCUUGACCAAUUUCACACGAGACUCAGAUCGCUAGCUCAAACAUGUGCAUUUCAUGAUGUCGAUUUUGAGAUCGAACAGCAGAUCAUCACAGCCGGAACAUCGUCACGCAUUCGCAAACGUGCACUGAGGGAUCCUACUUGUGACUUAAAGUCUAUACUUUUGGAUGGGCGUCGAGCGGAACAAAGUGAGUAUCAAGCCCGUGACAUAGAGUCGAAGGAACAGAGUACAGAUGGCCUUCACAAAGUUCACACAACGCCAAAGCGUACAACGUGUCGAAACUGUGGCGGAAUUUACCCUCAUGAAGGACAAUGUCCGGCGAAAGGAAAGCAGUGUCGCAAAUGUGGUAAGUGCAAUCACUUUGCUCGUGGACAGUCAAAAUUUAACAGUCAAAAUUAA